AUGAUAACAUUAGAUGUUGCCGCUGCCUCAGCAGCAAUUGAAGCAAAGGUCAUCGCCGACUUGCGCGAUGAAAUCGCAAAGGCUAUGGCGAGUGCAAAUGGUGAUAUCAAUGCACAAUCGGAGCAAUUUAGCAACUUAUUUAAUGCACGUUGGCCUGCCGAGAAUCCAGAUGAAUUCUUACAGCAAUUUGUCAAAUUCAGCUUUGGCAAAGCUCCAAGCAAUAUUUCGCAAGAUAAGGGCAAGGGAAAGGCGGAUGAUGAAGCAGUCGCUUCACCAGCCCCCGCAAUAAAUGAGUAUGUUACUCCGCGGGCGGUCCUCCAAACAGCAAAUGACACCAUCAAAGUCGAAGAUGGAGAUGUCAUCGCGCCAACACCACCCAAUCCCUCCCCCUCAGCAAUCUCAGCAAUCGACCGCCGCCCAAUCCCCGGGCUGUAUUUACCAGCAAUGUCGGCCCAGCAACCUUCGCAGCCCAUUUUCGCAAUUUCCCGCCUUGCCACAUACUGCAGGCAAAUUGACACACGCAAUGUUCCAUCAUACGGACGCAUCUUAAAGCAACACAAUGCAUUCCCUCAUUGCGGGGGUCGCGGCAUCACCAAGCCCAUCGGGGAGCAAAAAAGCGUCAACUACAUUAUUGACAUGCACCCCGAGAUGCAACUCCAGUUUUGUUUUUUGCAAUUGAAGCGUGUGGAUGCUCCCAAGGCAUGCAUUCUGUGGCCUCAGCCAUAUGGUGGAGUUGACACAAGCAAUGUGGAUGCAUGCACAGAGUUCGCAAAAGUUGAGCAAUUCUUAGACUGGCUGCAGGAUCAAAUCCUUCCCGCACACCUCAACAUCCGCGAUGCAUACAUCAAAUUCACAAAUGAUCGUGCACAUCUUGAUGGUGCCAACACAGCAAAUAAUGUAGCAAUGAGAGACAUGGGCGCAAGACAAAAUGCGUCUGCGGGUUCAUCCAGAGCAAUGAAUAGCGAGAAGCGUUCGCGGGAUGAUCGCAGUGAGGGGUUUUAUCCGGAUAGGAAGAAGAGAAGUUAUUGA